GACACCUGCCUAAAGAAGCUGCGCCGACCGGCCCGGACAGACCUCAGAAAAGUGACUGAGGUCCUGCAACCCUCCUUUAUCCCGAACAUGAGUAAAAGCUACACCUUGAAGAAUCCGCCAAGGGUGUCCUACGAUGCUGGCGUGAUAAAGAUGUUCUGGGAGAACAAAAUCGAGCUUCACACUAAACAGCUGCAGAACGAGGACAUGAGGAUCCGCAGGAGUGCCCUGGACAGGCUCCGCAGCGAGUGGGCUCGGAAGCUGGAGAGGAGGAACCAGAUGAUGCUGAGCAGCCAGGAGGCGCCCCCGGGGCCCACCCCGCCCGGCACCCCCGACCGGCCCGCAGCCUGA